AGGCCUGCGCCCUGGCACAGCCGGAACUUAAAGAGCUUUCGGUUGCCCAGGCUGAGUGGGAGCGACCGUGUUCCAGGACCCGCGUGUGAGAAAGCUGAGCUUGAGCGGAGUGCGGCCUGGUGGCCGGGCGCUCAGCGCCCGAGGGCGUGUGCCUGCGCGUUCGCACACGUGGCUGGGGUCCUCCGCGUACCGGGAGGGCGAACCAGGGAUGGGACAAGAGUCCACAUACGUCCUGAAAGGCCACAGUCGUUGUUGUGAGCGGAGUGACCUGGAGAGGCCAGGGCUAGGACUGAGGAACUCCGGCAGGAUGUACACGCUGCUGUCGGGCCUGUACAAGUACGUGUUCCAGAAGGACGAAUACUGCAUCCUCAUCCUGGGCCUGGACAAUGCCGGAAAGACGACUUUCCUGGAGCAGUCAAAAACCCGGUUUAACAAGCAUUACAAAGGGAUGAGCCUGUCCAAGAUCACCACCACCGUGGGCCUGAACAUCGGCACUGUGGAUGUGGGGAAAGCACGCCUCAUGUUUUGGGACCUAGGGGGGCAGGAGGAGCUGCAGUCACUGUGGGACAAGUACUAUGCCGAGUGCCACGGCGUCAUCUACGUCAUCGACUCCACUGAUGAGGAGAGGCUGUCUGAGUCCAAGCAAGCGUUUGAGAAGAUGGUCACAAGUGAGGCGCUGGAGGGUGUCCCCAUCCUGGUGCUGGCCAACAAGCAGGACGUGGAGCCCCUAGGCAGCACCGCUGAGGGCAAGAUGCAAACCCUGGGGCACCACUGGCUGCUGCUCUUGGGACCACAGUCACCAACAUCCCUGCCAGCGAGGCCCCAUCUCAGCAGCCAUGUGGGGACUGGAGGUGUGGAGGGUGAAGGGCCAUGCUGUGCAGAGGGACUGGGCCUGCCCUCACGUUCUCACCUCUCCCAGACCUGCCUCUCGAUCCCUGACAUCAAGACAGCUUUCAGCGACUGUACCUCCAAGAUCGGCCGGCGGGACUGCCUGACCCAGGCCUGCUCGGCACUCACAGGCAAGGGUGUGAACGAGGGCAUCGAGUGGAUGGUGAAGUGCGUCGUGCGGAAUGUCCACCGGCCACCACGGCAGAGGGACAUCACGUAGGCAUGUGUGUCGCAGCUGCCAUGGGCACUCCCUGCAGCUCCAAGGCCCGGCUGUGCUUUGCCUCUGGUUUUAUUUGUUUGUGUCUCCUCUAAGACAAAUGUCGUUGUGUCCAGAAAUACGGAGGCGUCUGGAGGCUUCUGCAGGGGUGUAGGGGGCGCUGAGUUGCUUUCCAAUCCCCACCCCAGCCAUUCUGGAGUAGGGGGUGCUCCUACAGGGCCUUGUGACACCACUCUGGCGGUGGCUGCCCCCUAGCCCCCCUGCCUAACUCAGGGUUGGGACUAGGGGGUAAGGAAUGGUGUUUUCCAGAGCUGCAGGCGGCUUGGAGUGGGGCAACCCACAGUGUCACCCUGUGUGCCGUGGCCUCAGGCACCCUAGAGCCAUCUCUCCAUCUCAUCCCCCAGGGCUGGCACAGCAUGGUACCUGUGAUCUCUGUCCUCUGAUCCAUGUACUCACCAUGGGGGGUCUUGGGAGGGGAAGGGCCCCUCAGUGGUCAUUUGACUGGUGUAGAAAAGCUGGGAGCUUGGGCUGGAGGUCUUGGUGCCCCCACCCCUGCCUGGUAGGUUGGGGGCACCCAGGGCACAGAGUCCUCCUUCUAAAUGCCCGGCUGUGAUCUGGGCACAGUGUUGGGGAGGUGGGUCCCCAUGGGACCACGGUGGCAUACUGGCCUGCAUUCCUGGUAAAGGGGCAUUCUUGGGGGCACCCUGAGCCCCCAUUCUGGGAGAGCGGCGCCCCCACCCUGUGUCUGUGUGUGGGGCAGUUAGAACCCCCUUUCCAAGUCCCUCCUUCACUCUGUUCUCAAGCCCUGCCCUUGCAGGUCUGGCCAGGGUGGAGGGUGAGAAAUAAAGCUGAUCUGAGCA